CUGAGCCGCUGCAGGGCCCUGUGGGGCUGCCCCAAAGUUUUCCUGCUGCUCUCUACGACUCCUGGGGCUGCCCCUGAGCCCGGAGCCUUCCUCACUGGCCUGAGCCAGCUCUGUGGCCGAUUUCCUCACUGGUCUCUGCUGCAGCUGCUGACGGAGGUCUUCUACAGGACAGUCAAAGAGUCAGAGGCCUCCUACUGCCCAGUCCUCCGGAGCUCCUUGAGGGGCGCACUGUGCCUGGGGGAUGUGGAACCCUGGGAGCCCCAGUCAGAACCCAGCCCCAGCACUCACUAUGAACUGUCUGGGACCAGAGCCGCCCUCCUGCUGUCCGUGAUCCAUGGCCGGCCCGGGGCCCAGCAUGAUGUGGAGGCGCUGGGGGGCCUGUGUCAGGCCCUGAACUUCAAGACCACCCUCAGGACAGACCCUACGGCCCAGGUGAGGCGAAGGCCAGAGCUCUGGUAGGGCUUUGAAGGAAGCUCCCCACUCCACCCCAGGACCCAAGCGACUCUGCGGGGCUUCUCACCGGCUCUGGCUUCCAUCCUUCCUGCUACAUGUGUGGGGAGCUUGCCUCCUGGGCUUCAGCAGUGUCCCCCGCUGUUUCUCCACUCCUCUGCUCCAGGCCCCAGCAGGACCCUCCAGCUUUUCCUUCGAGGGUCUCAGCUUCCUUCCCAGACACCUGUCAGCUCAUUGCUCUCCCCUCAUGCCUCUUUCCUUUGUGGAGCAUUUUCCCUGCCCUGGCCAAAGACCCAGCUGCAAGAGGCUAGACCACAUGAUUCUUCCAAUUAGGCCAUGCCAGGCUUUCCAGGAGGAGAUGGCCCAGUUCCGAGAGGGCCUAGAUGCCCACGGGGUCCCGGUGAGCUGUGCCCUUGUGGCCCUCAUGGCCCAUGGGGGGCCACAGGGCCAGCUGCUGGGGGCUGACGGGCAGGAGGUCCAGCCAGAGGCACUGGUGCAGGAGCUGAGCCGCUGCAGGGCCCUGUGGGGCUGCCCCAAGAUUUUCCUGCUUCAGGCUUGCCGUGGGGGGCAGAGGGACACCGGUGUGGGGCCCACAGCUCUCCCCUGGUUCCGGCGCUGGCUGCAGGCAUCACCAACCACCCCCUCACAUGCCGAUGUCCUCCAGAUCUAUGCUGAUGCCCAAGGCCCCACUCCAGGGAGAUCUGACCAAGCAGACAUCCUGAUGGUCUACGCAGCUGCAGAGGGCUGUGUAGCCUAUCGGGAUGAUGAGAAGGGCUCGGACUUUAUCCAGACUCUGGUGGAGGUCCUCAGAGCUGACCCCGGGGGAGAGCUCCUGGAGCUGCUGACUGAGGUCAACCGCCGGGUGUGUGAACUGGAGGUACUGGGUCCUGAUGGCCAGAGGCGCCGCAAGGCCUGCCUGGAGAUCCGCAGCUCGCUGAGGCGCCGGCUCUGCUUGCAGGCGCCCCACGCUGGGGCCGUGGGAAUGCAGGAGAUGCGGUCUCGGCUUUCACGCUGGUUGGAGCCCGGGCUGGGACCACAGGACUGGACAGAGCACAGCAGGCUGACCGGUGCUGUGAUGCGGGAAGCGUGGGGGCUGCACAGGGAGCAGUGGGCAGUCUCUGACCCAACGCGCUCGGGAGCCACGUAGGGGAAGAGCUCCCAAAGCGCGGUUUAGGGCCGGAGCCUGCCGGCCUCACCGGGGCUUGAACUCGUGCUACAGUUCGUUAGGGCGGUCCUCGCCGAGCUGCCGGGACUUGUUUGGUUUGCGGGGCCGGGCCCACAGUUCGCAGCCCCACCCACACAGGGCCCGAGGGGCGGAGCUCCUCGCUGGUAGGAGCAUGCGCGUUCUGGUGCACUACACAGGCUCCUGGACCAGCUUUAUGAGAGAAGCUGGGGAAACAUAGUCGGUGGGGCCGCGUGGCCUAAUGGAUAAGGCGUCUGAUUCCGGAUCAGAAGAUUGAGGGUUCGAGUCCCUUCGUGGUCGCUGCAGUGCUUGUUUUUCCUCCCUUGACUUUACAUUUUCUCUUUGUCCGGACUGCACUCUCCGCGGAACCUGGAAAGGUUUGCGCUGUGCCCCACCUCGCGGCGCACCCUGCAGCACCCGGAAAACCGCCGAGCUCCAGAGUUCUAGCACGCGGUGCUGCGGGGCCUGAACGCACCAGCGGUGUCUGCUGACACCCGCAUCGAUUCCGGGAACCUCAAACGAGGUCAAUAUAGUUCAGCCGACCAGAGCUGUUGGAUUGUUGCCGGGAUGAGGUGGGGGGUGGGGGGUUGUGAUGAAAAGUUUUGGAAAUAAUGACGGUUGGAUGAUAUUGUGCAUAUAACUGAUGCCACUGAAUUGUACACUUUUUUUUGAAUUGUACACUUAAAAACGGUUUAAUUGGCCAAUUUAACGUUAAAUAUAUAUAUAUUUUACCACAAUAAAAAUGUUUUAAAAAAUCUAA